AACAGAGACUGGCAAAAGCUCUCCGCUGGAGCUGCUCUUAUUCUUCAUUACUGCCAAUUUGAUUUACUGCUUAUUCCAGCUACCCUGCGGUUGUAAGCAAUAAUCUCAGACACAUAGCCUUCCUAUAGGGAAGAAGAAACAAACCAUACCGUCGAAUCCAUCGCUACCAAACAAAACAAAACCCCAAAACGGCACUGUUUAAAUGCUACUAAAUACCAACACCAAAAUCCUCACAUUCAAGAAACGCUGGCAAAAAUGAUUCUCACUCGUCACCGCCUUCAUCACCUCUUCUCAGAUUCAACUCUCAACUCUUCACUCAGAAACUGCACGCUAAUUCCGAAUCCUUCCACUCGCUUCCGAGUCACGUACCUCAAUUCGUUCGCAAUUCACAAAACCGCUUCGGUUUCGACCCGACCCGCGGGUCAGUUUAGCAUCAGAGCCCAAGAAUCUGAUGACGCGGUUUCAAAACGCCUUCUUGGCGACUUCGAUUUGGACUCGGCACUCUCCGUGCUGGAAUUCGCGUGCCUUCUUUCGUCGGCGGUUGCGUGGGUUGGUUUUGCUGUGAUUGCUGGUUCGGCGAAGCAGGGGUUCUUGGUGGCGAUUGGGGAGACUAGGGUUAGGGUUGUGGUGGCUGUGUGUGGGGUACUCAUGAUGGUCGGUGGGAUUGCGAUUGGAGCGUGGAUUCGGAGGCGGCAAUGGAAUCGAGUUUGUGGCGGAACGGGAAAGGUGAAUUUUGUUGGAAGGAUUGAGAAAUUGGAGGAGGAAUUGAGGAAUUCUGCCACUGUUAUUAGGGUUUUGUCGAGGCAUAUAGAGAAAUUGGGGACAAGGUUUAGGGUCACUCGCCAAAAUUUGAAGGAUCCCAUAGCUGAGGCUGCAACUUUGGCACAGACGAAUUCUGCGGCUACAAGAGCACUAGCAGUGCAAUCAGAUAUGUUGGAGAAGGAACUUCGCGAAAUUCAAAAUGUUUUACUAGCAAUGCAGGAACAACAGCAAAAACAACUUGAUCUAAUUCUUGCAAUUGGGAAGACUACUAAGCUGUGGGAAAUCAAACGAGAAACUAAUGAAGAACAUGAAACUACAUUAGAUACACCUAACUUGGCUGAGGGUGAGGUAAAGCAGAAGGAAGUUCACCAAAUUUGAGGUUUAAAUUUAGCUGAGGAGAGGAAAAUCUUGGAUCCUAGAAGUGGCAAUUGGAAAAUGGUGAAGAUUUGAAGUCACAUAUCUUUGUACAACAUUGUUACAUUGUUGCUGUGUAUACCAAAUGAUCAAUCAUCACAACUGAAAUUACUUAGGCGUUUAAUUGGCACACAAAUCAUGAUUACUCGUUUUUUUUUUUUUCAUUCCCACCCGGUUGGGAAUAGUUAUACCAAACUUUCCACUAAUAUAGGAGAGGAGAAAUCACUUGAAACAAAUUAAGAUUGGAGAAUGAUUGAACUCCAUUUGGUGCCCUGGUAAAGCUCAGAAUUGUUUGAAUUUGUAUGUACUUUUUGAUUCGGUCUGUAACGUACAUUGUCAAUUUUUGUUGUUUUGAGGAAGCAUCGUUAAUAAAAAGGUCAAUCUACACUUUGUGUAUA